AUGGCUCCUAAGCGUCAAACUAAAAGGAAAUCUCGCUUCAAACUUCAAACUGAGAUUGAUAUGCAACCAUCAGCUAUGUGUAUAAAUCACACAGAUCGACAUUCAAUUGAACAAGAUAGUGAUGAUGUACUUCGUAAUACUAAUAGGAAAAAAAGAGUUGGAAUGGCUCCUAAGCGUCGAACUAAAAGGAAAUCUCGCUUUAAACUUCAAACUGAGAUUGAUAUGCAACCAUCAGCUAUGUGUACAAAUCACACAGAUCGACAUUCAAUUGAACAAGGUACCUUGAAUAACCAUAGAGAUGCAGCUUCAAAUCAAUUCCAUGUUGAUGUACAAGAUCAUAUCCCACAUGUUGAAAAUAAUUCUGCAGUUCCAGACCAAAAUGAUGAUAUGAACGACAAAUCUAAUGAAGAUAGUGAUGAUGUACUUCGUAAUACUAAUAGGAAAAAAAGAGGUCCUACGUUCAUGAAAGAAAUUUGGGGUCGACCUAGCACAUUACCACGCAUUGAGAUUACAUGUGAUGAUAUGGGACGUCCUAUAGGAACAAAAAGAAAUAAAUUUACUGAUUUCUUAGGGUCUUUGGCAAGAAAUGGUAAGUAUUGUCCAAUUGAUGUGGAAAAUUGGCAUAAAAUGCCAACGGAAAAAAAGAAAGACAUGUUAAAUGUUAUAAAGGAAAAGUAUGAUCUUCCUCCGGGGACAGAAAAUUGGACACUACGCUCAAUAGCAAAAAAAUGGAGAAACUGGAAGUCAGCACUUAAAAAGAAGUACUAUAAUCCUGAAUUAUCAAUUCAAGUCCUUUUAGAACAGAGAGAUGAAAGAGCUCAUGUCGAACAUGUUAUUGAAGUAACUGAAGGUGGAAAACAUGCCAUUUAA